GUAGAUGUAACCUUGUCCUAUCUUAUUUUAACUUUUUCAAGCCUAGUUUAUUAAGCUUUUAUAGAAUCAUUAAAUAUCUACAUAGUAUUUUUUAUGUUGCUUGUUACACAGAAGUAGCCUUUAUAUCUUAUCUCUUAUCAAUCGUGAUUCAAUUUUCUCUCAGCAGAGUGCAGGUCGUUAAUAUGUUGAAAUUAAUACACGUGAUAUCGCUGUUACCAUUGAAACCCGUUGUAGUUAGAUCAAAUUGUGUUGUAAAUAAUUUAGUUCAGACCUGUUCAGUCCCGAAUAUUAGGAAAAUGAGUUUCAAAGCUGUAGAACGUGGAACAACAAAUACUCAAGCCUAUAGGAUAUUUUUUAAAAAUUCUGAAGGAACCCCAGUUUCUCCAUUCCAUGACAUUCCUAUGUAUUCUGAUGAAUCUUCUCAAUACCUCAAUAUGGUUGUUGAAAUCCCGAGGUGGACCAAUGCUAAAAUGGAGAUAUCACGUACUGAGCCAUUAAAUCCUAUUAAGCAAGAUAUUAAGAAAGGAAAACUUAGAUAUGUGGCCAACUGUUUUCCACAUCAUGGAUAUAUUUGGAAUUAUGGUGCAAUUCCGCAGACCUGGGAAAAUCCUGAGGUGAAGGAUGAGCACACAGGUUUUAAUGGUGAUAACGAUCCUAUUGAUGUUCUUGAAAUUGGUUCUCGGAUUGCCAAGAGAGGAGAAGUUCUUCAAGUGAAGGUUUUAGGUGUCGUUGCUUUGAUUGAUGAAGGCGAGACAGACUGGAAAGUAGUAACAAUAAAUAGGAAUGAUCCUGUUGCUGAUUCAUUAAAUGAUAUUGGGGAUGUUGACAAAUAUUUCCCUGGUCUCCUGAAAGCAACUGUAGAAUGGUUAAGAAUUUAUAAAAUUCCCGAUGGUAAACCUGAGAACCAGUUUGCUUUUAAUGCCGAGUUUAAAGACAAGGCAUUUGCCAAUAAAAUCAUUCUUGAAACACAUCAACAUUGGAAAAGCUUGAUGUGCAAGCCUGAAGAUAUUGAUAUAUCAAGGAUAAAUACUGGUGUGAGCGAUAGCAAGGAUAAAAUUAGCUCUAAAGAUGGCGAAGAGAUUGUUAAUAAAAGCCCGGCGUUUGCACAGGGAGGUCCUGAUGAUGAUUCAGUUGGAAAAUGGCACUUUCUACAUUUAAUGUGAAGAGGCUUUGGAAUGGUCUUUCAUAGGAGCAUCGAUAGUAGGACUGGAAAAAAAGAAAAAGAAAAAAAAAUACUCGGUUUAUUGGAAUCACUACUUAAUUUUCCAAUAUUUAUAUAUUUGUUUUAAUUUGGUUUCCGUUGUUUCACGGAAUAUAUUAUUUAUUUUUAUAGUUUUUUUUUUUAUAUUUGUAAUUUUUCAAUGGAAAAUUAUUUGUUAUAUCUAUUUUAUUUCUAAAAUAAAAAGAAGUGUAAUGCAUUU